AGAUCCACUAAAGCCAUGAAUUUACAACUUUACUUGACAAAAAAAAAGGUUAUAACCUUGUUCAGUUUUUGUUUGAAGCCAAAAUUGUUCCAAGAAAUAUGGAUUAUUAUAAUCUUUUGCAUGAAACAUUGGCAAAAGGUAAUGAAGAAAUGAGAGGUAAUAAUAUUUCCAUGUCAAAUCAAAAUAGUUCUAUCAUUUGUCCCAAGCCAAGAAAAGUUGGGAUUUUUGUUACCAUUCCCAAAAGGCAAUUAAGAGUAGAAAAGUUAUGUCAUGAACAACAAAAUGAAGGAUGUGAUUCAAAACCUGGGGUAGAGCUUCUGGACACAAUAUCCAAGGAGAAUAAUUAUUACAUUGAAACACCAUCACCAAACCCAUUUUUUCUCAGGUCCCCUCCUAUUAGAGCAUCUAAUCCUUUGAUCCAAGAUGCUCAAUUUGGAUACCAAAAGUACAUUGCUUCUCCUCAAUCAAUAAAACAUGUAAUGUUACCAUCACCCAUUUCUUCGCCGUCAGCAAGAUCAGGGUUAUCAUCUCCGUCAUCGUUGCACAAAGGAGGGUGCACUGUCGUGAUGAAGUUUGGAAGUAAAUCAGCUGCGGUCAAGGUAAUAGGAUUUGAUUGUCACAUUGCAGUUGCUUGAUCUAAGUAACAAAAAAUGUGUACAUAACAAGAACCUAACAAGGUGCAUUAUUAUAUGACGCUAACAGUGCUAAGAAAAAUUGAGUUGGUGGUGUAUAUAUAUUUGUUAUGGUUUUGUAAUGAUUAUCAUCCUAUGUAUAUGAUUUUGUUUGAUGGCAGUACUCUGGUGGAAACAACAACUGGAGAAAUUAAAUUUGUCAAUAUUAUAGCAUAAUGCACAUAUUAAUAAUCCAUUAAUCGAUUGACAA